GUGUCAAUCUCCCGAGAGAAAAGCGGGGAAACGGACCUGGAGUCCCAGUGUCCCCCGCGCGCGAAGUCCUUAGGGGCUUCCGUCGAGGGAAUUGAGCGAAGCUGCGCGGAGCCGAGUGAAGCUGACUGGGCUCGGAGACUGAUCAGCUGCUAGGUCUGGACUGUUGAUUCUUCUGUUGGUCUCUCUAAAUCAACUCAGGUCCUCUCUUUUUCUUUCUCUCUCUCCCCCCUUCUCCCCCUUCCCUCCUUGUCCCACCCCCCUCCAUUCUGUGUUUUCCAGGAGCAGCUCCAAGUGAUUUGUCAGAGAUGUGAACCCUAAGACUCAGGCCCAUGCUGGAGCAAGGCGUAUCCUCCCCAGCAAAUGAUGGCUACAGUUGUUGCCCCAUCACAUCAAGAGGAGUUCCUAUUGGUGAAACUGGAAGAAGAUUCCUGCUUGGGUGAUGAUCCUAAUUUCUGGGGAUGUGACCCUGACUCAGAGGCCUCCCGCCAGCACUUCAGGCAGUUCCAGUAUGAAGAAUUCACCCAGCCUCAUGAAGUGCUCUUCCAACUCCGAGAGCUCUGCCAUUUGUGGCUGAAGCCUGAAAAACGGACAAAGGAGCAGAUUCUGGAACUCCUGGUCCUGGAACAGUUCCUAAGCAUCUUGCCAGAAAAGCUACAGACCUGGGUGUGGGACCAGCGUCCUAAGAACUCAGAGGAGGCAGUGACCCUGGUGGAGACUUGGCAGAAAGAGCCCAAGAUACCAGAUCAAUGGGGACAGGAAGUGCUUUCUGAAUUACCAGCACCCUUGGGUACAGCACAGGAACCACGGAGCUUCCAGUUAGAUUCAGCAGAGAUCAAGCCAGAGGGAGCAUCCCAGCAGGAGGGAACACAGAGCCCCUACCGGGAACCACUGGAACAACUGAGCCCUAUGGAGGAGCCCAAGCCCCUGCAGAAGAGUGGUAGCUUGGCUCUUCAGGAUUCUGACCUUCCUAAGAUGAAAAGUUUUGGUGACUAUAAGUUAGUGUCUGGGUCCCAGGAAGCCCCAGGCCACAGAAGCCCUGUACAGGAUCUCUGCAAGGACAGUGAAGGAAAGGAUUAUGGGAAUGAAUUCUUGAAAGAGUUUGCAGUUCCCAACUCUGACAUCAUUUUGCCAUUAAAGCAAGGGAGGGAACCAUGGGCUCCAAAUCUCCAGAGCUCUGAGGAAAAAAAGAAUAAUCCAAGAGGAUACCACACAGGUAAAGAUCAAGCAUUUUCUAGGAAAGAAAUGAAAAGCUGGGAGGAGCAGAAACAGUAUGAUGUAGCAGACCCAAAAGUUUCUGGUGUCCUUUGGAGCUAUGAGGAAACAAUGGCAUUUCUUGCAAUCCUUGGUGAACCCCAGUUCUCAAAAAAACUCCAAUCCCGUCAUCGAAACCGCCAAGUAUACCGAGCAGUAGCUGAACGUCUAAAGGAGCAGGGUUUCUUGCGAACAUUGGAGCAGUGCCGCUAUAGGUUCAAAAACCUCCAGACAAGCUACCGAAAAGCAAAGACUAACAGAGCCCCUGAGUCCUGUGCCUUCUUUGGAGAGAUGGCUGCUCUAUUAAAUACCCGCACCUCUGCUUCCUCUCCUGACACUUUGGAAGAAACUUUAGGUCUUUCUCAACAAAGGGACAGUAGUGUUGAAAUUGAGGAACCAGAGAACAGGGAACCUGAGGAGGGGACAGAGGUUUGUGAUGGUGAUGAAUUGAUCGACAAGGAACUGACCCAAAAGGGCAAGAUGCCAGGCCCCCAAGGCCCUUUCUCUAGCCUCUCAGAUCCCAAAUCCAAAGUGACCCAUCAAGAGAAGUCAGGGGAAAGCUCAUGGAACACAGAUCUCCAUAGUUUGGAGGAAAGAGAAAGCAGCAAAGACUCAUACCCCAACGAGGAUCAAGGAAAUCCUUAUCAGACUCCAGCAAAGAAGGAAGAGAAAGGCUGGGAAGACCAAGAACUGGGCAGUUCAGAGGAUGGGAAAUAUGCAGGAGUACAUUGGGGCUAUGAAGAAACCAAGAUCUUUCUGGCAAUUCUCGGUGAGGCUUCAUUUUCUGAGAAACUCCGGACCUGUCAUAGAAACAGCCAAGUAUAUCGUGCCAUUGCCGAGCGGCUGCAGGAGCAUGGCUUCCUCCGGACACUGGAGCAGUGUCGGUACAGAUUCAAAAACCUCCAAACUAGCUACCGGAAAGCAAGAACCAGCCACCCCCCGGGAACCUGUCCCUUUUAUGAAGAAAUAGCAGCCUUAAUGCAUGCCCGGGCUGCCAUUAAACCAACUUACACUGUGAAGGAGAUCAUCUGUCCUCUGGAGAGGACAAGUGGAGAUUCUGACUCCCAGGGACAGGAGCCAGAGGACUGGGAACAAGGAAACCCUUGGAAGGGGCCCACAGCCAAAGACUAUGAAAAGAAUGAAAUGAGCCUCAAAGUGUUCACCCAAGAGCCCAAAGGUUCCAGGGCCACAGCUCUUUUCCAGAGUCGAACAGGUGUGCACUGGGGCUAUGAGGAAACCAAAGCUUUUCUGGCAAUCCUCAGUGAGUCUGAGUUUUAUGAAAAGCUCCGGACUCGCCACCCCAACCGGCAGGUGUAUCGGGCCAUUGCUGAGCGUCUGCGUGAGAAAGGCUUCCUGCGGACAUUGGAACAAUGUCGGACAAAGUUCAAUAGCCUCCAGACAAGCUACAGGAAGGCAGGAAGCAGCCAUGCCCCAGAGACCUGUGUUUUCUAUGAAGAAAUGGAUGCCCUGGUGAAUGCCCACACAGCUCCAGAAGCUGCCAGCAUCCUGAAGGAGGUGACUCACCACGCCAGGCAAGCCAGCAGUGAUGCUGACCCUGAAGAGCAGGAGCAGGACAGUUGGCACAGUGAAGAGACACUGGAAGAUUGUGACAGUGAUGAAGCAGCGACCAAAGAAGCCAAGAAUCCUAACCCUGGUCUCUUCCCAGUCUCAGCUGAGUUGAGGAUCCAAAGUGAGAACAAGAAGGAGACUCAAAAACAGAGUAUUUCUGAGAAAAGGCAACCCCAUGAAUCAGAAGGGGAUGUACCUCAGCUUCCUAAUGGGGAGGAAAACCGUGAAAAUGAGUACAAACCAGAGGGACCACUGGAGAGAGACAUGGGUGAAAGACAAGGAAAACUGACUUCUAAAGAGGAUGUACCAAAACCCUCAACUCAAAAAGGGUCCUCUGCAGAAGGAAAGCCAUACAAAUGCCUUGAAUGUGAGAAGAGUUUUAGCUGGCGGUCACAUCUGGCCACACACCAGAGAAUACACACAGGAGAAAAACCCUAUAAGUGUCUUGAAUGUGGAAAAAGUUUCAGUUGGCGAUCACACCUCAACACCCAUCUGAGAAUCCACACAGGAGAGAAACCAUAUAAAUGUCUAGAUUGUGGUAAGAGCUUCAGUGAUGGAGCAGGCCUCACUGCACACCGGAGAAUCCACACCGGAGAAAAACCCUAUCAGUGCGAAGCGUGUGGCAAGAGCUUCCGGCUAAGCCCGAGCCUGGUUGUGCAUCAGAGGAUCCACACAGGGGAGAAACCUUACAAGUGCAGUGAAUGCGGAAAAGGCUUCAACAACAGCUCACAUUUUAGUGCCCAUUGGCGGACCCACACAGGUGAGAAGCCUCAUGAGUGCCCUGAAUGUGGGAAAAGCUUCAGUAAGGGCUCUGCCCUCAACAAACACCAGAGAAUCCACAUGAGGGAAAAGUUCCCACUGCAGCCUAGGCACCACUGUACUUCAGAAAGUCUAUAUGGGAAGAGUUCUGUAAAUGCACUAGGUAUAGGGAAACCUUCCAACAGAGAUUACAGCUUCUAAUCUGCCGUUUUUGUUCAUAAACAGUGUUCAACUCUGACGUAGUAGGAGCACCAGGCAGGAAACUCGGGUUCUAUCCCCUGUUCUGCCAGUAACUGUGACCUUAGGCAAAUAAUUUCCUCUCUCUGGACUUAAAUGUCCUCAUCUAUAAAUGUGAGAGUUGGAUUAGACGAUGACCAAGGCCCCUUUACUCUCAAUAAUCAGUGUUUCUAAUGCAAUGCUUCUUUCUGCUUUAGGAUAGUCUUGGUGUGUCUGAAGCUAGACUCACCAGAUGAACUAAAAUUGGGAAUAUGAAAGGCCCCUUCCCAGCUGUGCCUUCACCUCACUGCAUGCAAUUCACCCCUUCCCAUGUGCCUCAAUUUUACUGUUGAUAAAAUGGGGGAGAAUGAUCUUGAUCUUCCCAAACGUGGGGGUUUUUGUACUUUCAUCCAGAAAGGGAGCCUUGUGCAUUAUGGCACACCUCCAAGUCUGGAAGUCUCCUUUCCUCUUACCUCUGGUUUUAUUAGUGCCUCCAUCCCAGAAAAAGUAUUUCAUUAUCACUGGGAUGUGAUUACAUUUGGGGUUCAGAGUAUCCUAUUUCAGGGGGAAGUGAGGAAAGAGCAAGAAGGAUGACUUUGGAAUUCUGAGGAUUUUUCACACUGAAUGAAUAAGUACUUGUAAAAGAACUGAUUAAGAACACACACAGGUGAUAUUUCCUCUGUGUGUGUGUGUCUUGCUCUGUCUCUCUCAGUCUCUGUAUCUCUCUGUCUUUGUCUUUCUCUGACUCUGUCUCUCCCUGACCCUGUCUCUCUCUCUCUCUUUGUCUUUCUGUCUGUCUCUGUCUGUCUGUCUCUCUCUCUCCCUCCCCCUGCCCCACCAAAUGUUGCCAGGUCUUUGAUUCUGGAGUUUUCUGAAUCUAACAGCACUUGGCUUAUGAAGAUAAAUGUAGGCUUAUGAAUGGAACUUCAGGGUUUGGUCUGAAUAUAUAAACAAACAUCUCAACCCUGGAUAUGGGAAAUCUAGAAAGUGAAACAUUUCUCAUUCAUCAUGUUAACAUCAAAGAAAGAAUGAUGCCUUAGACUAUGGUGAAUGUACUGCCUGCUCCUUUUGUUAUAUUAAUAAAAUUGAAUUUAUUGCUCAGUGUGCUUCAGGAUAACAAUUCUGGCAUUUAGAUGGUUGUGAGAAAGUUGUAAAACGCUGAUAAUGCUGGUCCUAAGGUCUAAACACUUAGGUUGGCAAGCCUUCAUUUCUUGACUUGUAAGGCCUCUGCCAGCUCUAAAUCUAUGACCCUAUCAUUCCAAGUAUGUUUCACAGAGGAAGUCAGUCAGUCUUACAUAAUACCCAAAUUUAUGCAGUGUUUUUACAGCUGUAUCAUCUGGAAUUUUCUUUUCAAAUCAAGCCCAAAUUCCUCCAAGGCAAUGUUGGUGAUAUUUAUAAAUUGCCAGAAAUGUCUUUAAGAGUUCUGAAGUUGGGGCAGCUAAGAGGUAUGGUGAAUUUAAAAAAAACAACAAGGCCUGGAGAUAGAAGGCGAUGGGUUCAAAUCUAGCCUCAGAUACUUCCCAGCUGUGUGACCCUGGGCAAGACAUUUAAUCCCCAUUGCCUAGCCCUGGCCUUCUGCUACUUUAGUAUCAUUUCUAAGAUAGAAAGUAAGGGGGAGAAGGGGAAGAGUGUGCUUGUUUUUUUAGAGUGCUGAAGGGUUUUUACAUCAUAAUGAUGUAAUGUAGAAUAGCAGAAAGAGUAUUUGUAUUGUAGUCAGAGGACCUAGACCCACGUUAGCAAAGAUGUGGCACAUGUGCCCCAGCAUGCCAAAGGGAGCUGCUCCAUUUCCCUCUCCACCACACCUGAGGACAUUUUUCAUAUGCCCCACCCCUCUGUCCAGCCACCCAAAGUGAGCACUUCCUCCCUCCACCCUCUGGGGUAAUGAGGGGGCUCACAGGCAGCUUGCAGGUGCCGGUUGGGCACAUGAUCUCUAAAAGGUUCACCAGUGCUGACCGAAGCUCACAUCCUGCCUCUGAUCCUUACCCGUGUGAACUUGAACAAGUCACUAAAUGCCAUAGAAGCCUCAUUUUCCUUUUCUGCAACACCAAGAGGUAGAACUAAAUAACCACUUGAGGCAAAAGUUCUUUAGCUUUUUUUCCACAGUAAAGGCCCUUAUUGCCUCCACAAGAUUUAGUCCCACCCCUGCUUUAAUGAUGAGGCUAACGACAUCAACAUUCUACUUGGAAAUUUGAGGCCUAUUUAGUCAGCAAGCAUCUCUACUUCUAUCCCCUCCAACUACCACCACCACUAUGUCUAAUAUAUUCCAGUUUCUUGCUCCUCCAAUCCAUGUGAUUCAAUUCAAUCUAACAAAUGUACUGGGAAUACAGAAAUAAAUGGAAGUGAUUCAAACCUCAGCCUACCUAAUUUAAAAAAUCAAACUCACAUUUACCUUAAUCUAAUUGUCUGUAGACUUUGUACUUUUCUGCUGUGCACUUCUCCAAAACCCCUGCUGCUGAUAAAAACUUCCUCCCAUUCCUAGUAUCUUCUUCAGAAUUGGAGAAAAUGUCCCAUCUGCCGUCUUGUUGCUCCGGUGCACUAGAAAAUGUCAGCAGUGGCCCAGUUUGCUUUUUUCUCUGUGUGACCUCGCUAAUAAUGUGUGUUCUCCAGUUGUGCACUGUGCCCCCAUGUGCCCUGGACAGUUUUCCUUAAUAAAAUAAGUGUCUCCUAGUCACACCUGUUACCCACAUAGGUCCUUUUCUGUCCAUGUAUUCUCUCCCCACGAGUGUUCAUUCUUCUCACUGAUCCUGUUUGUGUGAGAGUGUGCCCUAAGUUUAUGGGGAAAACGUUUUGUCUUCUUAAUGAUGCCAUUUCAUUAAAUGUUUUGCCUUUAACUGCA